AUGAGUCGAGUUCCUUAUAGGAGUGCAGUCAGAAGUCUAAUGUAUGCUAUGGUAUGUACUAGACCUGAUAUCUGUCAACCAGUUGGCUUGGUAAGUAAAUAUCAAACCGACCCAGGUUUAACACAUUGGCAAGAAGUAAAGAGAAUCAUGAGAUAUCUGAAGGGAACUGCUAAUUAUGCACUUUGUUACCAAGGCGACAAAGAUCUGCGAUUAGUUGGAUACAGUGAUGCUAAUCAUGGAGGAGAUCUAGAUGAGAGGAAGUCUACCUCAGGAUAUGUUUUCUUACUCAGGGAUGGCGCCAUAUCAUGGAGUAGUAAGAAACAAUCAUGGAUAUCACUAACUACAAUGGACGCCGAAUAUAUGGCUCUCGCAUCAGCAGCACAAGAAGCUGUUUGGUUGAAAAAGUUCUUGAAACACUUGUUCGAUAUCGCAGAAAAUGCUGAACCAGUAUUAGUCUACUGUGACAGUGAGGCUGCAAUUUCCUCUACCAAGGAUCCUAAGUUUCAUUGCAAAACCAAACACAUAUAUAUCAAAUAUAACUAUGCGAGAGAUAUGGUUAGACGCAAGGUGGUGAACGUGAAGUAUGUGUCUACAAAAGAUAUGUUAGCAGAUCCAUUGACCAAGCCUUUGUCUAGAGAUGCAUUUGUGAGACACACUAGGUCUCAACGCUUGUGUAGAUUUUAA